AUGAAUCGACUCUUAAUUACAUAAACAGGUGAAUAAUUAAGAAAUGAAAUGAAAUAAUAAGCUUAUCAAUAACGAUCAGGAAAACAAGUUAAAAAAAAGGAAUAACGACUUCCAGAGCUUGUUCGUUAACCUACCAAUUUAUUAAUCGAUACUGAAAGAGAUCAUAUUUUGUAUCAAAAAACUCUGUCAGAAGUUGCCCUUUCUAAUCUUAAUAGAGUAGCCAGUCUUAGUUUAUUGGGGUAGAAAAGCAAAAAUAAAUUGGAAACUCACAUUAGAGAAGAGCUUAAUCUACCAAAUAACUUUUAAUAUUUAAAUUAGAGUCUUGAUAAGUAAUUAAAUAAGAUUCUUUCAGAUAAGGGUAUGUACUAGCUUAUGUUAAAGAUUUGAAAACCAAGAGAAAAAGACAUCUAUUGACAGAAUUAAAAAGAAUUGAAAAAAAAAGAACAACUUCCCAUAAUGAAGAUUUCUCAAUAUUCUCCUCGUGUAUUGAAGACUAUGAUAAGAAUCAAAAGAUGACAGCUAUUAUCAAUGCAGAAGGCAAAUUGGCUUAAUUAACAAGGAGAUAUAAGUAAAAAGAAUUGAAUGAUUAAAAAUUAAAGUUAAAUCUAAAUAUUAGUUUAGAGAAAAUGUAAGAACGUAAAAAUAUGAGAAUUGAAGCUAUUAAUCCUUUGAGUCCUACUUAAAUUAAAAUAAAUUCUUAAAGAUAAUUUAAUGAAAUGUUUUAUGAUAAUUCAGAAGAAAGAUUUCAUAAUAGAUUACAAGAGAAACAUGUAAAAUAAAUAUGUUAGAUAUGGAGUCAAUAUUAAUUUCCAAAAUAAACAAAGCGUUGGAUUUAAUUUAUCCAAAAUGCGCAAUAAAAAAAGAAAUAGUGA